AUGAAUCUCUAUAAUUUUUUGUUGAUAUUUAUUUUUGUUGGAGAUAUAAUAGCAUAUACAACUUUCUCCGAAGAGAAACUACUUGCACUAAUCGACCUUGAUACUCCAAACAACACAUACAACGAGUUUCUUAAACCUUUACUGGUGAAAAGAGUUCCUGGGACUGAAGAGCACGUAAAGGUGCAAGAGUUUAUAGUCAAUCAUUUCAUAAAACUAGACUGGCAUGUAGAAAGAGACAACUUUACAAGCGUUACUCCAAUUGGGGAGAAAUCAUUCAGCAACAUUAUCGUGACAAAAGACAUUACCGCAAAUAAAAGACUUGUACUAGCAGCUCACUACGAUUCAAAAUAUUUUGAACCACCAAAUGAUAAUUUUAUUGGUGCGACGGACUCUGCUUUUCCGUGUGCUUUACUUUUAGAUCUAGCCUAUAGUUUGAAUGAUUUAUUAAGUGAUCAGGCAAAGAUGGUUACAUUACAAAUUAUUUUUUUCGACGGUGAAGAGGCUUUCCGAGAUUGGACUGAUACGGAUUCUUUGUAUGGAUCACGACACUUAUCGAGAAAAUGGGAAGAGACAUUUAUCACGAGGACAGACUAUCAUCAACAUCCAUCCACCUCAUUAUUAGACGGAAUCGAAGCGCUAGUACUAUUAGAUCUUCUCGGCGCAAAAGACCCCAAAAUAACAAACUACUUCCCCACCACAUCUUGGCUCUACAAAAAUAUAGCGUUGAUCGAAGAACAAUUAUGGAAGCAAUCGUUAUUGCACGAGAAUGAGGAUGAUUUGGAUAAGGACUUUAUUUUUGAUUCGUCUCAGGGUAAUCUGGAUGUUUUUCAGAAUAUUAUUUCCGAUGAUCAUGUACCCUUUAUGACUAAAGGGGUUCCGAUCGUUCAUGUCAUUACUGCACCGUUUCCGUCGGUGUGGCAUAAAUUAGAUGAUAAUGAAAAGGCGCUUGAUCCUGAUGUAAUGUACAACUUGAAUUUAAUUUUUCGAAUCUUUGUCGCCGAGUAUUUCGACCUCGACCCGUUAAGCGCGAAAAACAAUGUCACCAAAGAUGUUUAA